AUGGAGUACGAUCCCAAAGUGCCGACGUACCAGACGUCGGACCCUACAUCCUUUGCACACAAGUCUGCCCGGGAGCGCUGGCCGGCCAUAAUCACAGGCGCCAUCGACGACGUUCACCGGACCGUCGCCAAGCUCCCAGAUUCGGACAAGGAUGCCCUAGCAGAGGGCAAAUCCAUCAUCUCGUCGCUGGGGUCCCUGAAGUACGAGCUACAACAUAAUCGGACAUUAUCCCCGAUCCCGGACGACGGGUUCCCGGACAUCGAGGGAUACAAUCUGGAGCUGGCGGCGCAGGGGCCUCCGACGUGGCACAACGUCGAGUGGCUGUUCUCCGAGUGCUACCUGUACCGCAGACUGGCGACGCUGUUCUCGACGGCCAAGACCACGUUCUGGCGCAACUACGAUCCGUUCUACCGGCAGAAGAUGGAGACGUUCAAGUCGUCGCGCCCCGCGGUGCUGGAGCUCGCGGCCGAAUACCGCGGGAUUAUCACGCAGAUCCGCGCGUCCAAGGCCCAUGCGCCGGUUGCGUUGGACGUGACGGACGAGAGGGCGAUCGAGGAGGCUGAGAAGCUGCUGUUCGUCGAGAUGGCAGAGAUCUGCCUCUGGGGCAACGCCACCGACCUCAGUCUCCUGACGAGUUUGACGUACGAUGACAUCCAGAAGCUGCAGGGCAGCAGCGCGCGCAAAGAGUCGGAGAAGAACAUCCUGGUCAACGACCUGCAGCGGGCGUUCCAGGUGUUGAACGCCGCGCACCGGGAAGGCAAGCAACGGAGGCGGGUGGACAUCGUGCUGGACAAUGCGGGCUUCGAGUUGUUGGUCGACCUGGUGCUCGCGGGCUACUUGCUCGCCACGGGCCUGGCGACCGAGGUCGUCAUGCAUCCCAAGGACAUUCCGUGGUUCGUGAGCGACGUCAUCCCCAAGGACUUCCAGGCCUUGCUCCAGGCCAUGGCGGACCCGAGGGCCUUCUACGAGAGCCGGGACCACGCGGCCGGCGAUCAGGGAGCCAACAACGACACAACAACAAAAACGACGCCGCCGGCACCGCUGUCGGACGACGAGGAAGCGGCCAUCAAAUUCCUCUUCGACGACUGGAGUCAUCUGCACAGCGAGGGCAAGCUGAUCCUCCGACCGAACCGGUUCUGGACGCACGCGGGCGGCUUUUGGCGCAUGCCGCACGUCGCACCGGGGCUGAUGGAGGACUUGAAGGAGAGCGAACUGGUUGUUUUCAAGGGAGAUUUGAAUUAUAGGAAGUUGACGGGGGAUGCUACGUGGCCCGCCACCACGCCCUUCACGGAAGCAAUCGGCCCGCUCGGUCCAUCUUCAGGCAUCAGGGUGCUGGCGCUGCGGACCUGCAAGGCAGACGUCGUGGUUGGGUUGCCCGAAGGUAAAGACGAAGAGAUACGGGCGAUGAAAGGCGGUGGCGGUGAUUCGGGAGCCAGGAUGUGGGCGUGGAGCGGGAAGUGGGCUGUCGUGCAGUUCUCCGAUGGCAAGGCUUGA